AUGGUUACUGAGCAACAACCUGAGGAGUUCGCGUUUCAGGCUGAGAUCGCCCAGCUCAUGAGCCUGAUUAUCAACACUUUCUACUCCAACAAAGAGAUAUCUCUUCGUGAGCUUAUAUCUAAUGCUAGUGACGCUCUGGACAAGUUGAGGUAUAAGAGUUCGACUGAUCCAUCAGUUCUUGAUUCCGGAGAAGAUAUGUAUGUCAAGUUGAUACCCAACAAGGAGGCUGGAACUUUGACUGUCCCGGAUACUGGUAUUCACAUGACGAAAGCAGAUUUGGUUAAGAAUUUGGGUACGAUCGCUUCCUCUGGCACGAAGGCAUUUAUGGAGGCUCUGGCUGAUGGUGCAGAUAUAUCGAUGAUUGGUCAAUUUGGUGUAUGUUUCUAUUCUGCCUACCUUCUAUCCGACCGGGUUCAAGUAGUGACGAAAAAUAAUGAUGACGACCAGUACAUUUGGGAGUCGUCCGCUGGUGGAACUUUCACAAUCGCACCAGAUGACAGUGAGUUACCAAAACGAGGCACUAAGGUGAUAUUGCAUCUCAAAGAAGAUCAACUAGAUUUUCUUGAAGAGAGAAAAAUUCGAGAUAUAGUGAAGAAACAUUCUAAUUUUAUUAACUAUCCCAUCAAGUUGGUUGUUAAUAAAGAGCGAACCAAGGAAGUGUCUGAUGAUUAG